AUGGCAGUACCAGGAUACAGCCCCGGGCAUCCGGUCGCGCAGCCCGAGAUGAAAGCUCCAGAGCCUCCAGCCAUCCACCCAUCAUUCAUCCAGGUGGCUAGGCCUUACAUGUUCGAGCAGACGAUUCAAGAUUGCAUGCAGGCCAUGGGGAUGAAUCCCAUGAGAGAAGAAUCUCUGCGACUCCAGGGAGUUUCAUGGAUUGACAAUGUGCGGAGGGUCCUCCACCUGCCUGUCCGGACUUUCAAUACCGCUGCUAUGUACUAUCACCGAUUCCGGUUGAGACAUCCUGAUAACGAAUAUAACUUCAUGGACGCAGCGGCAGCGGCAUUAUUCACCGCAUGCAAGACUGAGGAUACACUCAAAAAGUCCAGAGAUAUCGUUUGUGCAGCAUACAAUCUGAAGAUUCCACCAUCAGAGCACCUGGCACCAGAUGAUCCCGCUUUUGAAACCAAUUCCCGAGGAAUUAUCGGACUUGAAAGGUUAAUGCUGGAGUCCUCUGGUUUCGACUUCCGUACCCGUCACCCUCAUAAAACGCUAUUCAAGCUAGCACGUCAAUACGAGAUUCCAAGAGAAACCCUGAAUCUGGCAUAUCGCAUUUCUCAAGAUCUCUAUCGAACAUACGCACCCUUGAAACAAUCAACCUCAACAUUAGCAUUUGCCUGUCUCGAGCUCGCAGGUCGACUCAUGGACCAGCGCAUCGAAGUCGUCGAUUCAGGAAAGGAUUAUGCACAAUGGGAAACCCGCCGGAAUCAAGUGAUGGAACUCUACACACACCAUCGCUCCGCCACAUCCGUCGGUCCACAUUUCCCAGCAGACAGAUUCUUAACCGUGCGCAUCCCACUAAAUCAAGAAGCGAGCGAAAAUAAGAUCCCCAGAUUCGAGUUCUGGACUGAGAGACCGCGUAACAAGGCGCCGAAUGCGCCAAAUCUUGGUGGUAAACCUGAGCCUCCGACACGUCUCUUACAUCCAUUAACGCCUGUGGCUGCUAAUGGCGAGCGUCAUCGUCCGGACCGUGGUCGUGAUGCUGCUGUGCGCUUUAUGCUUGAUCCUGAUCAAGCGGCUAGUGAGAAGAGGCAGGUUGAGGAGUAUUUUAAGGUUGAGAUUGAGGAGUAUGAGGUUGAAGAGUAG